AUGUUUUUUCAAGAUGCAAGAAUUAAAUGGACAGAAUGUUUAGAAAAUGUACUUAAUGAUGGAAACGCUGUAAAUUUAUUUACAACAUGGAUGAAAAAUGACCAUCAAAAUAGUAUUCAUCCAAUUUAUCUUCAUUUUGCAAUUGUUGCUUAUAAGGAUAUGGUAAUAAAAGGAGAUAUACGAUCUAUAGAAUUAGCUCGUCAAAUUUAUAGAAGAUAUCUAAAAAUUGAUGAUGGUUUAUGUCAAUUUAUACCAAAAUCACAACGUGAACAACUUGGUUUAAUUAUAAAAAAUUUAACAUUUCCUUCAGAUAUAAAUUUAUUUGAUAAUUGUUAUCGUUAUGUUGAUAGAUACCUACGCCAACAACAUGCUAAUUUUGUUGUUUCUGAAGAAUUUAUAAAUUAUUUUAAUCAAAUAUCUAUGAAAGAUAUUGAUUCAGAUAGUUAUACUUUAAUGAGAUGUUCUAAUCCAACAUUUACAAUGACACGAAAAGUUAAACGUUCUGUACCUUCAAAUAGUAGUAAUCAUUUACCUCCCCAAAACACAAAUAAUUCAUUUUCAAAUUUACAAUAUUCUCCAUCAUCUGUUUUGUCGAAUGCUGCGGCAGAAUUAUUGUUAAGAAAAAAUGAUAAAUCACUUGGUGAAGAAACUGUUAAUAAAUUAUUUCCACCUGUUCAUAAGUUUCCUUAUGCAUGUCAAGUUACAACAUCACAAAAAGAUUCAACAUAUAGUUCUUCAUUUAGUUCUGAUGCAAAUGAAUCAAAAAAUAAUGAAAAAUUAGAGAAAAAAAAAUUAUUAGCAAUUCAAGAAGAACAUAUAAGAGUUAAUCCCAGUACAUCUAUUUUUCCUCAAACACAAAUUGUAAGAAAUUUUGAUAAAAUAUUUAGACAUGAUACAGCUGAAGGAAGAAAAAUUUUUUCAAUGGUUUUAAUUGAAAAAUUAAAUUCUUUAAAAAAGAAAAAGGAAAAAGUUAAUUAUUUAGAUGAUCGUUUCAAAGAUAUUGAAACUACAAAUAAAAUUCAUUUACUUCUUAAUGAUUCUAUUAAUCAAUUUGAUGAAGAUGAAGACAUUGAUAAUUAUUUAAAGCAAAAACUUGAAAACGAUGCUUCUAAACCAUCAUCUUCUCAAGAUAGUCCAAUGAAUCAUUCCAUAAAAGGAAAAUUAAAUAAUAGAUUUUCAAGUAGUACCUCACCAGAACGACCUUCAGAAUCAUUAUUUCAACAAAAAAAUUUACCCAUCAUAAAUCAAACCUUAUCAUCUCCAUAUGGCCAUAAUGGUUUUGCACCACCACCACAAUUAAAUACUUCAUUGUCCUAUCAUCGACAUUCUGCCACAUUAACACAUGGUCAUUCAAAAACAAAGCAUUACAAUCUAUUCAAUAUUAAUCAGACAUUGGACAGAUUUAAGAAAGACCAUGAAACUGAGAAUGUUUAUGCAGAUGAUACAAGUGGUUUUUGUUCAAUGACAACGGGUUCAAAUUUUAGUAGCAAUAAAAGAUUUAACAAUUUACCAAAAUCUGCUAUUUUUAAAAAAGCCAGGGAAAUGUUUACUGAAAAUAAACAUGAUGAAUUUGAAAAAUCAAGUGGAAAAAAAGUAAAUAAAGAAUAUUUUUCAUUACCAAGACAAUUAAAAGAUAAAGAAAAAUAUAUUACAAUUGGUUAUAAAUCUAAAGAUAGUCCUGCUCCAUAUAUUUGUUAUGCUUCCAAAAAAACAAUAACCUUUCGUGAUUUUCGUAAAUAUUUAUCAAUUUCCUCUAAAACAAAACAACAAUUUUAUUUUAAAACUCCUUGUGAAGAAGAUUCUACACCAUAUCAGUAUGUACUUAUUUCUGAUGAUUCAACAAUUUUACCAAUAUAUGAAGGUAAAAUAAUGGCUGAAUGUAGAACUGGUAGUGAAUCUGACUAA